CCGUUGAUUCCUCUAUCCUGAUCACAUUGUCGCUAGUCAGAGGGAGAGAGAGGAGAGAGAGAGAGAGAGAUGGGUAUGAUGUUGUUGAUCUACGCGGCGGUAGUGCUUGCGAUACCUUUUGGUUCAAGAUCAGAGCGCCUGAGCACCAAAGAGUGUGAGGAUUUAGGGUUUACAGGCCUCGCUCUCUGCUCCGACUGCAACACCUUCGCCGAGUAUGUCAAAAAUCAAGACUUGGUAUCUGAUUGUUUGAAGUGUUGCACAGAGGAUUCUGAUGAUUCCAUGAGCAAGAUUACCUAUUCUGGCGCAGUUCUGGAGGUCUGCAUGAGGAAACUAGUAUUCUAUCCAGAAAUUGUUGGUUUCAUCGAAGAAGAGAAGGACAAGUUCCCUUCUAUCAAAGUUCAAUAUGUAUUCAAUUCCCCGCCAAAGUUGAUCAUGUUAGAUGAUGAUGGGCAACAUAAGGAAACCGUAAGAGUUGACAACUGGAAACGCGAACACAUACUGCAGUUCAUGAGAGAGAAGCUUAAGCCUUCUUCAGCAGCAAUCUAACAGAGUAGUUAAUUUGGGUUUUCUGUGUCACGGCUAAACCUGUAUACUAUGUUUGUGUUGUUUAUUUUGCCUUAAAAAUUUGAAAAUUUAAUUUGCAGACUUAUCUAGUUACACUGAUAUGGAAAGAAGAAUUUUGGAGCAUAGAUGCUUUUUAAUUGUCUAACAUCAUUGUGUCUAUACCCGAGCUGCAGUUUUGCAUUUGGUGUAUGGUGUUAGGUUGCAUUUGGAUUUAUGAAAGUGAAAUGAGGGAUUUUUGGGCACU